GCCGCAGCGCCAGAGCCGGAGCCUGAGCGCGCGAGCUCGUAGGGCGGGAGGAUCUAGCGGUGGCUGGCGACGCACCCGAGACCCGGGCACUGCUGCGCUCCUGCUCAGGACCCGCGACCCAGGCGGCUGACCCCGGCCCUAUCCCCGCUCCGGCCCCUAGUCCACCCCGGCCCGGCCUAGCGGAGCCCCCGCGUCCGCCCGCCGCAGCCACCGCUCCAUCCCCAGCCCCGGCCCCGCAUCCAGGUGAGGCGGCCGCGCGCCCGGGAUGGGGAACGGGAUGAAGGUGGAGAGGGGACUGAGGCGGCAGGAGGGAGCUGGGGAAGGGGAUGGAAAAUGGAGGGGGAUCCGGGGGAUGCACGUCAGUGUGCACCCCGGAGUAUGUGAGUAUGCUCCGGUGUUUGCAGCUGCCCGGGAGGCUGUGGGGACGUGUGUCCGCGCCCGUGUGGGUCGGGGUGUUCGCGCGCGUUGGAGCGUCUGCGUGUCCUGUGUGUGCACGUGAGCUUGUCCAUGGUGUAUGUUUGUGUGCAUGACCGUGUGACUCUGCCGUGCGUGUACAGGCGGGUCCUGGAUCUUCGCGCCGAACCAGCACUCCGGUUCCACGGGGCUGCAGGUUGCAGGGCCCGGAUAACAGAGGCGGUGGCCCCUCCCGCAUCCCCGGGUUUCAAGGACGCUAGGACUCUCCGCGGCCCUGAGGCUUCGCACUGGGGAGUGGGGUGGGAUGGGGGAAAGCGGGAGGGGGCUCAGGGUCCAGAAGGGCGCUGCGGUCUCGGGAGGAGGAGGGGACCCACGACCCUCGGAAGGGUGCGGGGCCAGAGCACCGGUGCCCGUGUAUCGCCCUCCCCAGGUCGCCAGGAUGGACGUGUUCAUGAAGGGCCUGUCCAUGGCCAAGGAGGGCGUUGUGGCAGCCGCGGAGAAAACCAAGCAGGGGGUCACCGAGGCGGCGGAGAAGACCAAGGAGGGCGUCCUCUACGUCGGAAGCAAGACCCGAGAAGGUGUGGUACAAGGUGUGGCUUCAGUGGCUGAAAAAACCAAGGAACAGGCCUCACAUCUGGGAGGAGCUGUGUUCUCUGGGGCAGGGAACAUCGCAGCAGCCACAGGCCUGGUGAAGAGGGAGGAAUUCCCCACUGAUCUGAAGCCAGAGGAAGUGGCCCAGGAAGCUGCUGAGGAACCGCUGAUUGAGCCCCUGAUGGAGCCAGAAGGGGAGAGUUAUGAGGAUCCACCCCAGGAGGAAUAUCAGGAGUAUGAGCCAGAGGCGUAGGGGCCCAGGACAGCCCCCACCAGCAGCACAAUUCUGUCCCUGUCCCUGCCCCACCCCCUAGAGCCAGGGCUGUCCUUUGACUCCUUCUCCCCAGUCACGAGAUCUUCCUUCCGCUCUGAGGCAACCUCCUCCGAGCCUGUGUUAGUGUCUGUCCAUCUGUCUGUCCUACCCGCCCACGUCCAACCCUGGGGCGUGGACAGGGCCCGGGCUGCGGCAGCGGCUGGGAGCCUCGCCCCUCCAGUGUUGCCUCCUCCCGUCCAGCGUCUGCGCGGAUGUAGCAUGUUCUAUGUGUUUUUAAACGAAGAUCCGAAGCGACGGCUCCUCCCCAAUCCCCGACAGUGGCUCUCCAAGGGGCCCCCGGGCAGCCUCAGAGCACCCCGCCCCACUCCCAUUAACCCCGAGAACAUUUUUUUUUAACCAAAACCAGGAGCCAGGCUGUGCCAUGUCCCCCCUCCCACCGCCCCCAGCCGGCCCGGUCCGAACGCGGGCGUCGUGUGUUGUGAUUGUGGCAUGGAGAGUCCCCAUCCCCCCGUGUGAGCGUGUCCCGGGCGGGUGGGCCCGGCCGCCCCCCACGAGUCCAUGAAUAAAGCUAAUCUGUCUGUAGCCGGCGCCGCACGGGCAGGGCUGGGCUGGGCGCCGGGUGGGGGCGGCACAUGGCAGCGGGUGUUCCAGGUCCCAGUCUGCCCCUCUGCGCUCUUCGGGGUCUGGCACACACAGCCAAGGU